CGUUCCUUCUCCACACUCCAGUAGGAAAGAGAGGGAGGGUCAACAUGGCGUCCGAGCAGGAGAGCGCCAACGGGCCUGUGAAGAAGUCCAUGCGGGAGAAGGCCAUCGAGAGACGCGGCGCCAACAAGGAGCACAACAGUAACUUCAGGGCGGGCUACGUGCCCAUCGAGGAGGAGCGUCUGCACAAGACGGGCCUUCGCGGGCGCAAGGGGAACAUGGCCGUGUGUGUCAUCGUGCUCCUCUUCCUCCUUGCUUUGAUUAACCUCAUCAUCACUCUUGUCAUAUGGACGGUGAUUCGCAUCGGUCCAAACGGGUGCGACAGCAUGGAGUUCCAUGAGUCGGGUCUGCUGCGCUUCAAGCAGAAGGCGGACAUGGGCGUGGUUCACCCACUGCACAGGAGCACCGUCGGGGGCCGUAAGGACCAGGACCUUCAUAUCGUCGGCAACAACAACCCAGUGGUGUUCCAGCAAGGCACCUCCAAGCUGAGCGUGGAAAAGGACAAGACGUCAGUGGUCAGCGACACCGGGAUAUCCUUCACGGAUCCCCGCACUCAGACCACCUUCUUCAGCACAGACUACGAAAACCACGAGUUCCACCUGCCCAAAGGCGUCAAGGUGCUCAGUGUCAAGAAGGCCUCCACGGAACGGAUCACCAGCAGCGCCGCAUCGGACCUGAACAUCCGUGGGGACGGCAAGGCCAUCAUUCGCGGCAACGAGGGCGUCAAUAUCAUGGGCCGUACUGUCGAGUUCAAAAUGGGCGGCGACAUCGAGCUCAGAGCCGAGAACAGCAUCGUGCUGAACGGCUCGGUCAUGUUCAACGCAACGCGAAUCCCCAACUCGGCGGGCGACGUGUACUUCGACGAGGGCGUGGAGCGCUACAAGCUGUGCAUGUGCGCCGACGGCACGCUGUUCCGCGUGCAGGUUAAGUAUCCCAACAUGGGCUGCCAGACCUCAGACAACCCAUGCCGGAACACCCACCAAGGACUGUAACCUCACCCCCACCCUCUGCCUCUCGAUCACUAAAACAAAAAAAAACUGUAUUCAUGGUUUACAUGAUCAGUGUUUCAUUUGACCGUCCAGUAUUAUUUUUAUUAUUUAUAUCCUAGAGAGUUGCACAGGGACUUAUUUGGCAGCUGUGUGUGUGUGUGUGUGUGUGUGUGUGUGUGUGAUGCGUUUACUGACCACUAAUCGAUUAGUAGGAUUGUAUGCGCUGCAGUCAAAGCUCUCAAACUGUCAAUCAUUAAACUGGCAUCACGAGGAGAGAUUUACAUGGCAUGGAUAGGAUGUGUAUGUGCUGUAUGCUCUCAAUACAUCUGCACGAUCGAAUAAGAUCCGAUCCGUAUCUGUCAAAAUAUUUGCUACUACUCUCACAGGUACGAUGUGGUUAUUCGAUACUGUUCAAUUAACCCUCCUGUUAUAUUGUGGGUCAGAAAUUUACCCGUUUAAAAAUGACAAUAUUUGUUUUCUUUUAAAUAGAAAAGGAAUGGGUACAACUUUUUUUAAUUUCUAUUUUUAUUAUAACUUUGGGUCAAAUUGACCCAUUUUAAAAGAAGAAAUUCUAGCCAAAGAAAAUUGAAAUGUAAAAUAAAAAUCAGAUGUCAGGAAAAGAAUACUAGAACAUCUGAACUUUAUUUGGGGUUAAUCAGAGGCAAUUUAAAUAGUGGCACGGGUGUGUCGACUCCUUUUUAGCAUGAGUUUGAACAUGAUUGAUUAAUUCUGAACAACCGUAAUCUCUAAUUAAGAGGGUGUGCGCACUUGUGCAAUCACAUCUCAGUUUAUUUUUACUUCCAGUAGUACAGGUUAUAGGCCAAAUUAAUGCCAGAAAAAGUUUUGAAAUAAUUUAUCGUGGUCUCAUUAUUUUUAUCACAAAAACCCUCCCUUUGAACAGGGGUGUGUAGAAUUUUUAUAGAAUUUUAUAUUAUUAUUGGAUCGCUUUUAUGACUAAACAUCCAGCACACGCAUGUUUGCCCAUGGACAUUUUUUCGAGAGAAACAAACAUAGCAGGAGGGUUAAUACUACCAAAGUGAGUAUUAUUUGGAUUUUGUGCAAUCAAAAUGAUUGAUUGGAAAAUCUGUAUAUCAUUUGCUUGAAAACAUUGUGGUGUGUUUGUUUGAAUAAAAGAAAUGGCGUGUCA